UUUUUUUUUUUCAUAUAAAAAAAUCUGUCAUGUCUUCUAUCAUCCGAUCUCCUUUUAUGAAAAAGGCUUUACAACAACCAUAUUGGUUACCAAUCUUAUCCCAUUCUUACCCGUCAAAAAGUUUUUGUAAAAUUACUGCUUCAACUGCGGUCCCUCACAUGACUGCUCCACGUUAUUACUCAAGUCCUCCGCCUUUGGAGACAGAUGCUGCCCAUGCCUCCGUACAACGACGAAGCAAAGUGACCAUCAAGAGUCUCAAUCGGAUGUAUAAACAUGGAGAACCUAUUUCCAUGAUGACAGCUCAAGAUUAUCCUUCUGGUUUAAUGGUAGAUCGAUCUGGAAUUGAUAUUUGUCUUGUAGGGGAUUCUCUUGCUAUGGUAGCUUUGGGUUAUGAUUCUACCAAUCCUUUGACAGUAGAAGAAAUGCUACACCACUGUCGAGCAGUGGCAAGAGGAAGUAAGGCACCUUUUCUUGUGGCAGAUUUACCUUAUGGAAGUUAUGAAGUCAGUCCUGAAGAAGCUGUGCGAGCGUCACUACGAUUCUUAAAAGAAGGCAACAUGGAAGCAGUGAAAUUGGAAGGGGGCAAGGAAAUGGCAGAAACCAUUCGACGUAUUACCACAGUAGGUGUUCCUGUGAUGGCACAUAUUGGUUUGACACCUCAACGUCAAUCAGCUCUGGGUGGGUUCCGUGUACAAGGAAAGACAGCAAAACAAGCCAUGGGACUGGUGGAAGAUGCUUUAGCCGUACAAGAGGCAGGUGCAUUCGCGGUAGUACUGGAAGCCAUGCCUGCUCAAAUUGCUCAUUAUAUCACUCAACAAUUAUCUGUUCCUACCAUCGGUAUUGGUGCUGGCGUUCAAUGUUCUGGUCAAGUUCUUGUCAUGAACGAUGCUUUAGGUUUGUUUGAUCGCUUUGUACCCAAAUUCACCAAACAAUAUUGUAAUCUUAAUCAAAUCAUGACUCAAGCUCUUCAACAAUAUCAUCUGGAUGUCAAGACAAAACAAUUUCCUGCUCCUGUCAACACUUAUCCUAUUGAUCAAGCUCAGUUGGACAAGUUCUGGCGUUCUGUCAAUUAUAAUCAAGAUCAAGAAAAAGAAUCAUCCGUUGUUUCUCAUCAUGGAUAAUUAGUUAUUUUGUAUUCUGUGUUUUCUUUUUUUUUUAUAUUCCCUAUAUUUAUUCUCCCUUUAUUUUUUUUUGUAAUUGCUUAUUUGAAUAAAAUAGACAUUAUAUUUUGAUUCAUAUCUUUGAUUUGUUAGUGUAACCUUUUUUUUGAGUGGAUGAAUUGCCC